AUGCAUCUAUCUGUUCUUUUCGGCUUGGUCUUCAGCGCAAUCGCUCUCACUUUGGUGGUUGCUGCGCCGCUCGAGGAUCAGCCCCAGCUAGUCCACAAAGUAAGCGACGGUCCAAAGUUGUUCAGAGUCUCCAAGGCUCAAUCGGACCUGGACGAUUUCUGGCUGGAACAGUCCAAGCAAGAUUUCGGCGUGGCCUGCGCCCAAAAGGUCCGCGAUACAUCCGACGGACUCUUGACGUAUGAAAACUACGUCAUCCUUCCGCCCGCAUCCAACGUCAACGUUCAUGGAGAAAAGCUAGAUGAGCAAAAGUUUGUGAUCCAGGCAUCUUGCAAAUACACGCUCGAUGUGUCGGGGACCAGACUUCCAUGGACUUCAACUGAGAUCACGGAUGCGGUCGCCAAGUCUCUGCAUUGGGACUCCCUGCCCACCCAGGUGCCAGCUUGA